CUCACUUGCAUCCGCUCUGAGAUUACUGCAGUUAACCCAUACCACACGUAUCGCUAUCACAUAAACACACUUACUUACUUGACAUCGACGACGAAAAUGCCGACGUAUACAGUGUACCCGUCCUCUUCCCACUCGCGUUCCUCGAGACGUUCAUAUCACUCUCACGGUCACUCACCGACGUACUCGGGUUCCUCCCACCACCACCAUUCUUACUCGCCAUCCUAUGGUAGUGGAUAUUAUGGUGACAGCGGCGUGCGCCGACACCACACGACGGGUCGUGGAUACGGUUCAUCCGGGUAUUAUUACCCGCAUUCUUCAUCCCACUCGCACUCGUACUCCCCGCAGUACUACAGCACGUCCUCUUCCGGACAUCGAGGUUACGGUGGAGGUCACGGUUACAGUCAGCCCCAGUACUAUGACUCGGGAAGACAUGGAAAUUACUACUCCUCUAGCUAUAAACCCACCCUCGGUCAACGGUUAAAGUGGAUGUUCGGAAUGGGCCAUAAUAGUUAUCAUGAUAGCGGGAAAGGGUACCACGGCAGGAGUAGCUUCCACGACAGUGCCAGAAGACACGACAACCGGGGACGACAUAUUUACACCGUUUAAACACCUCACUCAUCUUCUUGGACUCACUUUAUUUCUUCACCGUCUUGAUUAUCUUGCCGUUUUUCUUUUCUUUUUUUCGAUCAUGAUUGUAUAAUUUCUUUGUUGACAUACCCGCUGCGAGACCUUUUUCUCCGAACGGUUUUUAUUCCCGAUGUUGUAUCGUACACUGUAUCAAUAGUUUGACUUGUUAAAUUUCGUCUGCUC